CACUUCCUCUUGGUAAGUGAGGAAGUUUCAGGCAGUUAAUCCGACGCCUCAUUCGUUCUUUCACUGAGCUGUCAACAUUUAAUUGUGAGGCGACUACAUUCGAUAUAAAAUAUAUAUAGCCAGCUAGCUAGCUAUACUUCUCUGCAACAACGUUUUUCUUUUUGAAAACAGCUGCUCUCGUCUUACUAUGACUCUCAGGUGAUCGUCAAAGAGUCCAGGUGGUUCUGCUGCGCUCUGUGGCCUUGGUGACUUAUCUGCAGAAUGGAGAAGGAAGAACUGAAGAUUGUGAAUAAGGAUGAGGAGGAUGAGAUGGAGCUCCAGGGGUACCGUGUGUGUCGGUGGCGUGUGGCAGUGGUGAGCCUAGGGGUGCUGUGUACAGGGGGUUUCCUCCUGCUGCUGCUCUACUGGAUGCCAGAAUGGUGUGUGAAGGCCACCUGCACCCGGACCACCGUCAGAGAGGCCGAAGUGGUGCUGCUCCAAUCAACUGAUGACUUUAAGCGCUGGUUCCUGGCCAAGGUGCGUGUGAUGCUGGCCCCUGGAAGAAACCCCUUUGACAGCCUGGAGACCCAGACCACUCCCCCCAUGACCAAUGGACACUCCCCCCACCCCUCGGACGGCUUCACCCAGGAAUUAAUCAGGAAGUACGCAGAGUACCAACCCACUCAGAUUCGCUAUUUUACACUCCAUAGCACAAAGUACUACUGGAACGACGAGGUCCACAAUUUUGAAGUAUUAACGGGCCUGGAGGACCAGGAGGUGACCUGUUCCACCGUCCACUCAGAGCACAGCACGGGGCUCACCAGCAACCAGCAGGAGUACAGGAGACUGUUUUUCGGAGUGAAUGAAAUUGCAGUGAAAGUGCCUUCAGUUUUCAAGCUUCUAAUCAAAGAGGUCCUCAACCCUUUCUACAUCUUCCAGCUCUUCAGUGUGAUCCUGUGGAGCGCUGAUGAGUACUACUACUAUGCCGCAGCCAUCGUCUUUAUGUCGGUCAUUUCCAUAGCUACCUCGCUGUACACCAUCAAAAAGCAAUACGUCACGCUUCAUGACAUGGUGUCAGCACACAGUAUUGUCCGAGUUUCAGUCUGCAGAGCCAGCAACGACAUCGAGGAGGCCCUGUCCACUGACCUGGUGCCCGGUGACGUCAUGGUCAUCCCUAGCAAUGGGACCAUUAUGCCCUGCGACGCAGUGCUGAUCAGCGGCACCUGCAUCGUCAACGAGAGCAUGCUGACAGGCGAGAGUGUGCCAGUCACCAAGACUAACCUCCCCAACCCGGGCGAAGGGGACAAGGAGGGUGACGCAGCUUACAGCAUGGAGGAGCACAAGAGACACACCCUCUUCUGUGGCACGCACGUCAUACAGACCCGCUUCUACUCAGGGGAGCUGGUCAAGGCAGUGGUGGUCCGCACAGGUUUCAGCACAGCUAAGGGCCAGCUGGUGCGCUCCAUCCUGUACCCCAAGCCCACCGACUUCAAGCUGUACCGCGACGCCUACCUCUUCUUGCUGUGCCUGGUGGCUAUAGCUGGCAUCGGCUUUGUCUACUCCAUCGUCCUCAGCAUCAUGAACAAUGUGCCAGCCAAGACCAUCAUCAUUGAGUCCCUGGACAUCAUCACCAUCACUGUGCCCCCCGCGCUGCCCGCUGCCAUGACGGCGGGCAUCGUGUACGCCCAGCGCCGCCUCAAACGCAUCGGCAUCUUCUGCAUCAGCCCCCAGAGGAUCAACAUCUGUGGCCAGCUCAACCUGGUCUGCUUCGACAAGACAGGUACACUCACAGAGGAUGGAUUAGACCUGUGGGGAGUCCAGAGAGUGGAGAAGGGGACUUUCCACCUGUCAGAGGAGAAUGCCUACAAGGACACUCUGGUUAAGUCCCAGUUUGUAGCCUGCAUGGCCACCUGCCACUCUCUUACCAAUAUCGAUGGCAAGCUGUCCGGAGACCCUCUGGAUCUGAAGAUGUUCGAGGCCACAGGCUGGAUCCUGGAGGAGGCCACUGAGGAGGAGACCUCCCUCCACAACCGUAUCAUGCCCACUGUGGUGCGGCCUCCCAAGCAACUGAUGCCCCCCGAGCCCGUCAUGUCACCUGAACAGGACAUGGAGCUGUAUGACUUGUCGUCGGCCUAUGAGAUUGGUAUCGUGCGUCAGUUCCCCUUCUCCUCGGCACUGCAGAGGAUGUGUGUGGUGGCCCGUCUGCUGGGGGAGAAGCGCAUGGAUGCCUACCUCAAGGGGGCACCAGAGGUGGUGGCCAGCCUCUGCAAGAAAGACACUGUUCCAGAAGACUUUGCAGAGGUUCUGGAGGACUACACCAAGCAGGGCUUCCGGGUCAUCGCCCUGGCCCACCGCCGCCUGGAGUCAAAACUCACCUGGCACAAAGUACAGAACGUCAACAGGGAUCAGAUGGAGGCCAACAUGGAGUUCCUGGGGCUGAUCAUCAUGCAGAACAAGCUGAAGGCUGAGACCUCCGGGGUACUGCAGGACCUCCGCAGGGCACACAUCCGCACCGUCAUGGUCACUGGUGACAACAUGUUAACGGCCAUCUCGGUGGCUAGGGACUGUGGCAUGAUUCCCCCUCAGGACCAGGUCAUCAUCGCCGACGCGCUGCCCCCUAAAGAUGGCCAGGCGGCCAAGAUCAUUUGGCGCUACGCAGACAACCCCAGCAAACAUGUGGGCAAAGCACCACGCCUGGAGGAAGUACAGAUCAAUCUAGAGGAUGUGCAUCACACUCACAAGCCUCAGGACCAGUACCACUUUGCUAUGAGUGGCAAGUCCUUUGCUGUCAUCACUGAGCACUUUCAGGACCUGCUGCAAAAGUUGGUGCUGCAUGGCACCGUGUUUGCCAGAAUGGCCCCCGACCAGAAGACCGAGCUCAUUGAGGCACUGCAGAGUGUGGAUUAUUUUGUGGGCAUGUGUGGAGACGGCGCAAACGAUUGUGGUGCUUUGAAGAGGGCUCACGGUGGGAUCUCUCUCUCUGAGCUGGAGGCCUCUGUAGCCUCUCCCUUCACUUCCAGAACACCCAACAUCUCCUGUGUGCCUAGCCUCAUCAGAGAAGGGCGAGCGGCUCUCAUCACCUCCUUCUGUGUGUUCAAGUUCAUGGCCCUCUACAGCAUCAUCCAGUACAUCAGUGUCACCCUGCUCUACUCUAUCCUCAGUAACCUGGGAGACUUCCAGUUCCUCUUCAUCGACAUCGCAAUCAUCCUCCUCGUAGUCUUCACCAUGUCUCUGAACCCAGCGUGGAAGGAGCUGGUGUCGAGGCGUCCCCCCUCAGGUCUGAUCUCAGGCCCUCUGCUGUUUUCCGUGCUGACUCAGAUCCUCAUCUGUCUGGGCUUCCAGACCAUUGCCUUCCUCUGGGUCCGACACCAGGCCUGGUACCACAUCUGGACACCACAGUCCGAUGCCUGCAACUCGUCCCUCCGUGCCAACUUGGGGCCAGAACACAACUCAUCAGAGGAGAGGGACGACCACAACAUCAAGAACUACGAGAACACCUCCCUGUUCUACGUCUCCUCCUUCCAGUACCUCAUCGUGGCCAUCGUCUUCUCCAAGGGGAAGCCCUUCAGACAGCCCAGUUACAAAAACUGGCCUUUUGUGGUGUCAUGUAUUGGCCUGUACAUAUUUAUGUUCUUCAUCAUGUUUUACCCUGUGUCUGCUAUCGAUGAAUUCCUAGAGAUUGUGUGUGUUCCGUUUGAAUGGAGAAUCACUCUGUUCUUCAUCAUUAUAGUCAAUGCAGCCGUGUCUGUAUUGGUGGAGACCCUCGUCCUUGACGUCGUCUUAUGGAAGCUUGUCUUCAGCCGAGACAAGCAGGGCGGCUAUGGCACCACCCAUGCCGCUCCAACAACACAGGGGGGCAUCGACCUCUGGGGAGCCAAGUGUCUGUCGUGGCUGUGCUGCCGCCGGAGGAAGGUACCGAAGGCGCGCUACAUGCACCUGGCCCAGGAGCUUAGCGUGGACCCCGACUGGCCCCCCAAACCCACCACCACCACCGAGGCCAAGCACCCACUGCCCGGCAACCCCCCUGAAAAUGGCUCCUCCUACCAGAUAAUGGCCGACUCCUAGCACCCCCGCCCCACUAUUGGCUAAAGCAAAAACACACACUCCCGACCAAAAGGACAAAAAGAAACAGUGGUCUGGAAAGAACAAGGCGAAAGAUGGGGUGAUGGUAGAAAAGGAUUUUGGGGUGAAGAAAUGGUAGUGUGGAUCUCUCCAUGCUCUUUGCUGCUCAGAUCCAGCACACUGUUCAGACCCUGGCUGGUCUACGUAACCCUCACCAACCAAACCCCUCAACCUGCCACCACCCCCUGGUAUACAAUGGUUUGUCUACUACACAAAUACACCCCCAGUAUGGUCUACUCUAUAUCCACCCCGCCUUCAGCUGGUCUACCUGCAGUCCAAGAGUCCAUGUUGUCCACAGGCUGGGUCCUGUGGCAGAGUCAGACCCCUGUGUCAUUAUUAUGAGUUUAAUCAUUGCCUCACUGCUUUUUAACCCUUGCAGAACUGUGCAGCGAACUGACGAAACUCCAAUCUUAGUCUUAAAACGGUAAUGAUUUUUACAAUUGUAAUUGGUGUUGCCGUGAUUCCUCCAUGAUCUCCAGACCUUCUCGCAUUUUUGCUUUUGUUUGUAAGCAGCCACCAGCCAUCUCCACUAACAUGGUUAUCAUACAGGGCACUUGAAGCAUGGAUGUGCAUGAACCCAGCUCCGUUUAGCCAUUGUUAUAUGGUGAUUGGAAUACUACUGCUUACCCAACAGUACUGUAGUAUUAAUAUUGCUGAAUAGGGACCAGAACCUUUUUGUAUUAUGAAACUAGGCAUAACAAGAGGCAGCAUGCAAAUGGCUUGGAAUCACGGGUAGCAGCAACCUACGCCCCCUGCAUGUAGAAACCAUCCAAAGGUGAAUAGACUUGCAAAAUCAUGUCAAACUGGCCUCACAUGGGCUAGCGUUGCUCCACAUGGAGAAGGUCUGUCUUUAAAAAAGAAAAAAAAUGAUAUAAUGGUGAAAGGCGAGGCAUUGUGAAAUUCAUUACCUAGCCAUAAGGUAAUGCGUGCGCUCUCUCCAUACAACCAUGCAACUGGCAAGAUACUGUACUACCAAUGUAUACUCCACUAAAGCCAUGGUAGCAUGAAUGUAUUGUAUUAGCAUUGCUCACUGCACAGUCAAAAGAGAAAUCAAAGGGCUUAAAACUCAUUGUCCAUCAGAGGAGGCUGCUGUGUAGAGAUAUAGGAUGACGUGCUCAUUGUAAUGGCUGGAAUGGAUGAAUUAAUUUCAUUCCAACCAUUACAAGUCCGUCCUCCUAUAUCUCCGCCCACUAGCCACCAUUGUUAUCCAAAUUCUGAAAGAUACAAUACACACUCUGUCACUGUAUAUAUUUUCUCAACAGUUUAUUUCAUAACAGAAAAUGUACAUUGUGCAUUGCUGUCCAGCCUCAUGAUGUGUUGUACAUGUCAUUUUCUGCCAGUCAGUCAUAAGCCAGUCUUUCUCCUCAUAGUAGCAGGUCGUCACAUAUCGUCAGAGAUCCUAGUUUGUGUUCAUCUGAUGUAAAUAUUUUAUUUGAUGACAUUCCAAAUGUGUGUCAGAAUUGCCGGAAUCACAAUACUGAGAGGUAUCGCAAAGAAUGCAAGUUCAAAUCUUUAAAGUAUUUACUUGCUGUUAAAGGUCCAAUGCAGCUGUUUUUAUCUCAAUAUCAAAUCAUUUCUGGAUAACAAUUAAGUACCUGACUAACCAGGUUUACAUCCAUUUACAUUUACAUUUACAUUUAAGUCAUUUAGCAGACGCUCUUAUCCAGAGCGACUUACAAAUUGGUGCAUUCACCUUAUGACCUCCAACCUUUUUAUGCGAGUAAAGUACAUGUCGGAUAAAAAAUGUCAUGACAGGCCUGAUGGAAACCAUUUUUUCCCGGUAAACUUUCCAAAUGUCGACAAAACAAAAUCCACUAGACAAGGUGGGAUCUUUUUGUCAGUAAAAAUAAUUAUGCGGGGGAAAUAGUAAUGCUUUUAUGAAUAGUAACUAUCAUAUCGAUGUGAACUUGGAGUCACGCUAUGAUGUGUAGUCCUCCCACUAAUACUCAUCAGGAAAGAAUGCUACAGAUCUAAAUCAUUGAUGAUGAACUUCAAAGGGUGCAAGUAGAUGCACUUCAUUCUUUCCAGUAAAUAUCCAGGGUCUUAUUUUGGUGACAUAAUAAUUCAUCCUUGGCUGCAGUUUGACAAAUAAAAAUAGUCUUGCUCUUUUGUCCAUAAUAAUAAUCUCAUGUAGUCUAUAUGUGAGCUCUAAGCAAAAAUGGCUUCUUAGCAAAUAGCAAUUUUGCUGGGAGUGGUCCGAGUGGAGCGGGGAAAACUGAGAAUGAGCUAUUAUUGGCAGAGGUUUUGACCUCUUUCUUAUUGGUCUAUUAACUAAUUUACCACCUGGUGGAGUCAGCAAACAGGCCAAAACUCCACCCCAACAGCUCUUACACUAAGUGGUUAUCAUUUUCACAAGUUCACAGUAUUAUUCCAACCUCAGUGUGAAAAUAUAAAACACAUAAAAAUCAAGUUUUUGACUUCACUGGGCCAUUAAGGCAAAGUGUUAACUCAUUUUAUUUCUGCAUAAAUCAAUUGUUUUAUUUUUCAGAUUCACAUUUCAAUUUCAGGAAUGACAACAAAAGAUGUCCUAGUUAUACAUUAUUUGCAUGAUCAAACCUUUCAGAUCUCUACUAGACAUACACUACCGUUCCAAGGUGUGGGGUCACUUAGAAAUGUCCUUGUUUUUGAAGGAAAAACACGUUGUUUUUUUUGUCCAUUAAAACAACAUACAAUUGAUCAGAAAUACAGUGUAGACAUAGUUAAUGUUGUAAAUGACUAUUGUUGCUGCAAACAGCGGAUUCUUUUCAAAUGGAAUAUCUACAGAGGCCCAUUUUCAGCAACCAUCACUCCUGUGUUCCAAUGGCACAUUUUUAGCUAAUUAAAGUUAUCAUUUUAGAAGGAUAAUUGAUCAAUAAACCCUUUCGCAAUUAUGUUAGCACAGUUGAAGACUUGUGCUGAUUUUAAAGAAGCUUUUAAACUGGCUUUCUUUAGACUAGUUGAGUAUCUGGAGCAUCAGCAUUUGUGGGUUCGAUUACAGGCUCAAAAUGUUUUUUCUAAAACUCGUCAGUCUAUUCCAUGCUAGAAAUUGCCAAGAAGAUCCCGUACAACGCUGUGUACUACUCCCUUCACAGAACAGCGCAAACUGUCUCUAACCAGAGAGUGGGAGGCCCCGGUACACAACUGAGCAAAUGGACAAGUACAUUAGUGUCUAGUUUGAGAAACAGAUGCCUCACAAGUCCUCAACUGGCAGCUUCAUUAAAUAGUACCCACAAAACACCAGUCUCAACGUCAACAGUGAAGAGGUGACGCCGGGAUGCUGGCCUUCUAGGCAGAGUUCCUCUGUGUUCUUUUGCCUAUCUUAAUCUUUUCUUUUUAUUGGCCAUUCUGAAGUGGCUUUUUCUUUGCAGCUCUGCCUAGAAGGCCAGCAUCCCGGAGUCGCCACUUCGCUGUUGACGUUGAGACUGGUGUUUUGCGGAUACUAUUGAAGCUACUAGUUGAUGACUUGAGGCAUCUUUCGCAAACUAGAUACUCUAAUGUACUUGUCCUCUUUCUCAGUUGUGGCCUCCCACUCUUUCUAUUCUGGUUAGACAGUUUGUGCUGUUCUGUGAAGAGUAGUACACAGCGUUGUAUGGGAUCUUCCGUUUCUUGGUAAUUUCUCGUAUGGAAUAGCCUUCAUUUCUCAGAACAAGAAUAGACUGACGGGUUUCAGAAGAAAGUUUUGUUUCUAGACAUUUUCAACCUGUAAUCGAACCCACAAAUGCUGAUGCUCCAGAUACUCAACUAGUCUAGAGGACAGUUUUAUUGAUUUUUUUUUUAAUCAGAACAACCGUUUUCAGCUGUGCUAACAUAAUUGCAAAAGGGUUUUCUAAUGAUCAAUUAGCCUAUUAAAAUGAUAAACUUGGAUUAGCUAACACAACGUGCCAUUGGAACACAGGACUGAUGGUUGCUGAUAAUGGACUUCUGUACGCCUAUGUAGAUAUUCCAUUUUAAAAAAUCUGCUGUUACCAGCUCCAAUAUUCAUUUACAACAUUAUCAAUGUCCACAAUGUAUUUCUGAUCAAUUUUGUUAUUUUAAUGGACAGAAAAUGUGCUUUUCUUUCAAAACAAGGACAUUUCUAAGUGACUCAACUUGAACGGUAGUGUAUAUUGUUCCUGAUAUUUGGAGUGUUGGUAAUAUGACACAGGUGAUUUUUGGAGUGUUGAUAAUAUGACACAGGUGAUUUUUGGAGUGUUUGUAAUAUGACACAGGUGAUUUUUGGAGUGUUGGUAAAAUGACACAGGUGAUUUUGGAGUGUUGGUAAUAUGACACAGGUGUAUAAAGAAUGCACAGUAGAGAGCACAUUCUCCAGGAAUAUCCAGCAAUUUUGGUCAUUGACAAUAUAUGACCAGGAACAAGAGUACAUCCUGUGACAAUUAACCUGUUUCUGCAAACCAACUCUAGAUUGAAUCCAUGACAGUUCUGCUUUUAGUAAAGGUAUAUUUACUCAAUGUUUCUGAAGAAUGAUUUACAUUGGUGUUGGUAUUUAAUUAUGUUGAGGGGAUCUUUCCUAAAUAUCUGUACAAGAUGCACAUUUUUAUUUUCAGAACAAAAUGUUCAAUUUUACAUUUAGUUAUUCAAAUUAAAAAUGUAAUUUUUGUUGAAUGAUUAUAGAGUAAAAAACAUUUUAAAUGUUUAAGUGGUUGUAAACAAGUCAUGUUUCCAGAAAAUUCAAAAAAGCCCACCUCCAAAUCAGACUGGAACAUUAUGGACUUUUUAAUGUUAAUAAUACAAAGAAAAUUGGACUAGCUGUAUUUUUUUAAAUGUACAUUUACAGUAUGUGUUUUUAGAUGUACCUUCAAAAACAUUGUUUAGAGAUGUGCUUGAAAUAUGGAUAAUGCGCUUAUAUCGAAGGGCUGUAGUGGUGCUUUCUACUCUCGGUACUGUUUUGUCACAAUCAGUUGUUUGUACACUUUUUUUGUUGUUGUAAUGUUUGGAUUUCUUUCCAGUGUUUUGUCACUAUCAAUGUUAUGGAACAAGCGAUGCUAUGUGUUUAUCUUCCUGAAUCAGACAUGAGUCCAUUGGGCAUUUCUAUAAUUAUUUAAGUCAAUGAUGUUGAGGUGAUAUUGUCCUGAUACUACUAGGGCCCUCAAACUAAACUUUGGACCUCGAAGCCAGUUAGCCUUUUUCUUCUUCUUUCUCUCCAUUGUUCCCCUCUAAUCAGGGACUGAUUUUACGUGUGUGCAAUUAAUUAUCAGGUAGAACAGAACCGGUAGGCGCCGGACCUCGUAGGGAAGAGGUGUCAAACUCAGUCUGUGGAGGGCCUAGUGUCUGCAGGUUUUAGUUUUUUUCCAUUCAAUUAAGGCCUAGACAACCAGGUGAUAGGGAGUUUUAUUAGUUAGUGACCUUAAUUCAUAAAUCGAGUACAAGGGAGGAGCGCAAACCUGCAGACAAUGGUCUCUCUGAAAUGAGUUGGACACGUGUCGUAGGGUGAAAGUUAAAUACCCCUGCUAUAGGGCUUGUGACCUAACCAGGGAAAAACUGGGGCCUAGUUAUAUCACUAAAGCAGGGAUGUCAAACCCAUUCCAUGUAGAGCCGAAGGUCUAAUGGUUUUUGUUUUUUUCCAUUCAAUUUGUGUCCAAUUAAGACCAAGGCAGUUCCCAACUAAUCAAUAACCUUAAUUUAGCAAUCAAGUACAAGGAAGGAGUGAAAACAUGCAGACACUCAGCCCUCCAUGAAAUUAGUUUUGACGCCUGUGCUCUACGACCAAUAUCUAGUCGUGAGAAAUAUCUUCUCAGUGCUCACUAAACGGUUACCAUGAAUCUAAUGAUUGAAUUAAGGGAUUCUAUUAAUAUAUUGGCACAAACACUGUUUCUGGGCAGAAAUAUUCUGACCUUUUAGCUCAAUGUUCAUUUUCACUAGCACCUGUCACAUUAAAUGUGUAAACCAUGCUUUGAGUUUUAUAAACGCUGUCUGUCUUUUUUGUCAAAUCUCAAUGUUACAGGCUGAAGAAUGUGCAUUGCUGUGGAUAUUGCAACCGGUAUUCUCUCUCUUGUCUAGAAGGGAUAAUUUUGCUGCUAGGGGAAUGAUUCAGACUAACCUUAAUGCUUCAACUUUCAAUCAAUGAUGAUUACCCUAAAACUUGCAAAUAGUUAGUACGCUUCCUCAUUUUCCCCUUCACUUACAAAGAAUCUGCUAAAUCAAAGCGAUUAAGUGUAUGUUGAAAUUCUUUUUUUUUAAGGUACAUUAUACCACCUGUUGACAUCUCUAAUCACCUGCUUUUUAUUUAAGUGUUUGAAACAAACCAUUAAGAGGCAUUUAGAACAUAUCAGACACUGAGUCUGAACUUCCAGUGGAAUUGUUUCCUCAGGGAAAUGUGUAUUUGUAACAAAUCAAGAAAUACAAUGAAGUUAAUUACCUAACUGAAUUAAAAACAAUCCUGUUGGUAAACAUUUUAUUACAGUUCUAUUGUAUGUAGAUUGGAUUUGGUAGCACAACAAGCAAUCUCCCAAACUCUAAGAGGCUUCUCUGAAAAAGAAAAAAAAACUUUUGUAAACGUAAAUUACUUAGCAAAUUUUUGUACUUGUAAUUUAUUUGUAUUUAUUUGUAUUUCUUUACUUAGUAUUGUAUUUCUAAUUUUCUUUCGUUUUCUUUUCAAUAAAUGUGGUUGUCAAAUAAA